GGUAAAAUCACGCCUCCUGAGGGCAGCCAGCCAGUCCAUGCUUCUCCACGAGUCACACACGCUGAAAACAAUAGCGUUUUGUCCUGUUGGAGUGUCUUACCUGCUGGAGGUGUGAUUCAAGGGCUGCUUCAUGAGGCUGAACAGGCUCUUCUAGAGGAUGGACAACAGCCAUUUCAUAGACUCUUCUGAAACCAUGAGCUUGCGCCGGCUGUUAUACGGGGUUGCUCUUGUUGGUACUCGACAACAGUGCCACCUCAUCAGCUGCUGAGCCCAUAAAGAUCUGAUAAAUGUCACUCCCACCCACGUCUUAUAUAAUGUCCAACUAUUUUGCCCCUGGAAAACAAAAUGUGUCCCAGGGACAAAAUGGACUCUUUAGUGGACAAAUUGAUGGAGAUUACAGGAGGACAACACCACAUAUUGGACCUGAAUCCAGCUGCAGCUUUCCUGAAGCUUCUGGGACUCACACCUCAUCUAAGGAAGGAGUUUUGGAGCAGUUUUCUUUGCCAGUCAGCGGUAGGCCUGUGAACCCUCUGGUAACAUUGGAGACCAACUCACAGGGAACCUUCUACAUUCCCCCCAGUGGGGAGAUUGGACACCAGCCCAGUAUUGACCAGCGAGGUUUCUUCACCAUGACACAAAAAGAGACCUUAUCCAGCAGUGGCAGUAGCUCAUACUACUGGUUUUCAGAGCACAAAAGUACUUUUGAAGAUUUCGCGAAGUCUACAACAAGUGUAUCCGUUUGUGGCAGUCCAGCAGUAGAUCAAAGACUUCAUUCUGAGCCUCGUUACUUCAACUGUAAUCCACAGCUGGCUGAAAGCGUCCAAAAAAAUUUUGAACUGGACAAAGCAGACUUGGAUGAACUCCUGAACUACCCUGAAGAACAGACUACUGCUGAGAACCUACCCUACCUCUUAAAAGAAAUACGCAUGAAGAAGGCCAUCAGAGCUGGAUCCGCAGUUCAGUCUUACUCCAGCUCCACGUCUCGACCCACUGCUUGCACAAGUGGAGAAGAUGCAGGGGUUGGUUCUGGACCACGAGGAAUACUGCAGGAUAAAAGGUCAUCUACUCUUCAGCCAAUCAUAGUGACUAAAAAUGAACAGCCUGCCCCAUGCUCUGCAGACGUUGACGCUAGGAUUGGCAGGAAUGUUUCCCGGGGAAACACUUUGGUGACGGAUAGAUUUCAAAGUAGCAACUGGACUGAAGAAGUCCAGAUGGGGUCUCUUGUUGGUCCUCCUCCAAGAGUUGAUCAAACUAGACAGCUUCAAACACAAUCAAACCAGACAUGCCGAAGUGGAGCGACCCAAUCGAGCGGUUUUAGACCGACAGGGAUAUCUCAAGGUCCAAGGCCAGAAAUUAAUAGCCAAGAAGUUAAAGUCAGUAACUGUGUCUAUGCUGAAGAAUAUAUUGCAGGUGUACAGGAUAGCUCUGUGAAGAACAUUUGCAAUACAGCACAGGCUGGAGGAAAGACUUUACUGAUGGACAGCAGCCAGAGUAAAGAAGCACCACAUCCAGGUUUGACCGUGUUGAAAGGCAGCAGUUUGGUUUCUCCGGACGACCAAGUAGUGACUUUCACCGGAUUCAACCCAGCCGAGAAACUCGAGACCCAGCAAAACCAAAAUUCGCGGUCAGUACCUCCAUUAACUCUGCAACAGAAAGCCGUCGAUGCUACGUCCACUGGUGAAAGUAAAACUCAAGGGCAAGGAUCAAGUACUGCAGACCCAAUGAAGAAUCAGCUGAAGAAAACCAACAUUUGGGAACUAUUGGAGGUUCUGCAAGCGUUUCAGCCUGCAGUUUCUUCUGCUGCAAAAUCUAAAAUACAAAAUGUCUCUGAUGCCGUUUUACCAGCUGCAGUUAUUUCCAGUGAUCCUUUCGCCAGCGUUUCCCAGUCUAAGCCAAUAAGUACAAAAAACACUGUUCAUGUGCCAUCUUCUGAGCAGCACUCUCAAGCCGAGCCUGAGUCCUGUAAGGAUCGGCCAUCUCUGUCUAUGAUGCAUGAUUAUGCUGCAGUCAUGCCAAGAACAUUUUCCCAUACCUGCUCUUUAUGCAAGAAAGAAUGUGCUCAAAAAAAGGAUUGGAUUACCCACGAGAAAAGCACCCUACACAAAGAGAACUGCAAACGUCUACGCACCCAAUACCCUCAUUGGGAUGGGGUAGUGCCAUCAUUGCAAAGUGAUCCUACUACAGGUGCUAAGACUUUAUCCUCGACCUCCUUACAUCAUCACCAAAAGAACAAGUGUGAUAGUCGCUCCCAGUCCGGCUCAAGGAGCUCCAGUUGUUUCAGCUCGGGAGAUGCAGGGAGGAAAUCCAGAGGCCGUUCCCGCGGAUACAGCUCAGGUCAUCGGAGUAGCUCAAAAAGUAGGAGGGACGGAUCCAGGAGUAGCUCUCGUUCACACAGCCAACGCUGCAGCUCAAGAGAUGGAAAGCACAAAUCCAACAGUAGUGUCCGUUCAUAUACCCCCAGCCGCAGCAGAUCAAGACGUAGAGGGACCGGAUCCAGCGAUAGCUCCUGUUCCCGUUCAUGUAGCCCCAAGAACCAUGGCUCAAGAUAUAGAAGAAUCGGAUCCAACGGUAGUUCCCGCCAGCGGCGACUGCAACGCGGCAACUCAAGGUCUAGGUCUCGUUCUUGCUCCCCCCAUUAUAAUCACUCUGCUCCCUCCCAAUAUCGAUCACGUUUAAGAAGCCAUGAGAAACAGUCUUCACCAAAGAGAAUGAGUAAGAAAUCGAUUUCACCAAGGAGGAAGAAUGAGCGACGACUGUCACGAGGAAGAAGCCCUGCACGCCGAUUGCCACCAAGAAGUGAUCAGAAACAGAUGCGUUUCAGCCCAGGGAACACAGGGGAGAAAUCCAGAGGUCGUUCCCCCGGCUACAGCCCAAGUCAUCGGAGUAGCUCAAAAAAUAGGAGGGACAGAUCAAGGAGUAGCUCCCGUUCACACAGCCACCGCCACAGCUCAAGAGAUGGAAAGAACAAAUUGAAAAGUAGUGUCCAUUUGUACACCAGCCGCCGCAGCAGAUCAAGACGUAGAGGGACCGGAUCCAGCAAUAGCUCUCGUUCCCGUUCAUACAGCCCCAAGAACCACACCUCAAGAUAUAGAAGAGACAGAUACAACGGCAGUUCCCGCCAGCGGCGACUGCAACGCAGCAACUCAAGGUCUAGGUCUCGUUCUUGCUCCCCCCGUUAUAAUCGCUCUGCUCCCUCCUGUUAUCGACCACGUUCAAGAAGCUAUGAGAAACAGUCUUCAUCAAAUAGAACAAGUAUGAAAUCGUUUUCUCCAGGGAGGAUGAAUGAGCGAAGACUGUCACGAGGAAGAAGCCCUGUGCGUCGAUUGUCUCCAAGAAGUGAUCAGAAACACAACUCAAAGAGAUUGCUUCGGCCACAAGACAAUGGCAAGCAAUGGUCUCUUAAGAGGAGCCUUGAACGACAGUCUUCCCCAACAAUAACUGACAACAAACGCUUGUCACCUAUAAGGCGGACCAUUCGGCAGUCACCCCCAAGAAAUAUUGAUGACAGAAGAUGUUCACCAACGAGUGGGUGGGAGAGAGAUGUGUCCUCAGGAACUAGAGACAGACGACGGUCGCCGGAAAGGAGCCGUGACCAACAGCCAUCACCAAGAAGGAAUGAUGAUAAAAGAUGGUCACCAACACGUCGCUUGCUGAGACAAGUGUCCCCAAGAAGAACCAAUAACAGACGAUGGUCACCAACGAGUGCGUCGGAAAGACGGGUGUCCCCAAGAAGAACUGAUGACAGACGACGGUCACAGGAAAGGAGCCCUGACCAACGGUCCUCACCAAGAAAGAAGGAUGAUAGAAAAUGGUCACCAACGCGUGGCUGGCUGAGACAAGUGUCCCCAAGAAGAACCAGUGACAGACAAUGGUCACCGACAAAUGGGUCGAAAAGACUGAUGUCCCCAAGAAGAACUGAUGACAGACAAUGGUCACCGGAAAGGAGUCGUGUCCAACAGUCAUUACCAAGAAAGAAUGAUAGAAGAUGGUCACAGACCAGAAAAUUUGAACAAUCUCCUCCAACAAAUGCUGAUAUCAAGCAGUGGUCACCAACAAAGACCCAUGAGAGACUGUCACCCCCAAGAUAUAAUGACAAACAAUGGUCACACCCAAGAAGGACUGAUGACAGACGAUGGUCACUUGACGGGAGCAGUGAAUACCAACAAAGAACCGAUGACAAAACGCGGCCACUGACGAGGAGCCUUGUUAGACCAUGGUCUCCAAGGACUGAUAUGGAACAGUCAUUGACAAAGGAGAGCCACAGGCAACAAUCAUUCCCUAGAAGAGAUGAGAAACAAGUCCUGCCAAAGAAUGGUAGUGAGGUAUUGUCAUCUAUGAGGCAAAACCGCAAGAGACAUGCGUCCCUUGAGGAAGAAGUGUCCUCUCAGAAAAAGAAGUCCUGCAGCAUACAGAAGCUGACAAAGCAGCUGCUGGAAAAUUCAGCUCUCCAGUCUGUGUCCAAACAGUCCAACAUUGAAGACGUCGUAAAUGUAGUGGUUCCUGUUUUACUAGCUGAAUUAGCCAAGAACCCAGAUUUAUCAUCGCCCCAAUUAGUAUUACCCUCACAGGCCAUAAACAGAAUGGUUUUAAAACCUUCAUCUAGUGGACUCAAGUCAUCGUCUUCUUCCAACAAAGGAGCAAAAAGGCAGCCCAAACUCAAGAUGAAAAGCACUUCCAAGAAAACCAAGGAUGGUUCUUCGAAGAGGGUCCUCUCCAUUACAGCAAAACGUUUGAAAAAACCUAAACCGAAAGCCGGAGUUACCGAUGAUCUGGCUCCAUGUGACAACUUGGAUCUUCUUCCAAUUAAAAAACUUUUAUCUUUGCAUCAAAAACUUGUUAGAAAAGCAAAGCUGUUGUCUUCCAGCAGAAAACACAUCUCCAGUUCCAAAGCUCGCCCGCUAAAAAAACGCUCUUUGGAGUCAGUUUUAUUAAAUGCAGAACCUUUAAAGCUAUUGGGUUCCAAAAGAAGUCUGGAUACGAGGCCUC